GAACCGUGUAGAGUACUGACAAAAAAAAACUGCUCGACUUGAUCGAUACGUGCGCGAGUGCUGUGAAUUUAUCAUGCGUUGGAGGUGUACAAGAAAAGGAUAAGAGAAGCGUUCACAUUUAGGACCUCAACUUAGUGACGGUAGCGUGAAGUUUGGCGAAAACGCGCGAUCCUGUUCAGGCCAACGUCGUCGAAUCAAACAUUUUCAACGGAAAUUUAUGUUGAAAUGAUAUAAAACAAUGGCCGCAAAACUCAAUAUAUUUGUGCUUCUCUUGCUAAUGAGGCACGUCAGAGCGAACACGGAAACGCCAACUCAGCAUCUUAUACCUCCAGCACCUCAACAGACCAUUCCGCCUCAGGACACUCUCCAGCUUUCGUCAAACCAGCAAACUCAGUUAUCAUCGGAUCAACAUACUCCGGUUUCGUCUCCACUGACAUUGCCAAAUCAGCACCCGCCGAGUCAAUAUGGCCAAUCAGUGAAUCUUGCGAAUGGCGGUUAUCCAUUCCUGCAACAGUACCCACCACCUCAACUGCCACAACAGCUGCAGUCUCAAUAUCCACUUCAACUGCCUGCUCAUUUUCACCAGCAAAAUCCGUUCGGGUUCCAGCCACCAAUCCCAUCCAAAAUACUGCCAUCCUUUCCAGCUUUUCCACACUUUACAACUAAUAUAACUCCUCCAUUUCCUCCUAAGCCCCAGUUUCUGUAUAAUGGUUAUCCACCGCCCAAUUCCAUACAGAUUCCACCAAAGCCGCUACCUUCAUAUAAUCCCUAUUUACCAGUUAACCUAAGCGCUCAAAUCCCUCCCAAAACUCUCCCAGCCUACAACACAUACAUACCACCCCUCCCAUUCACGAAUUCCUUAAGUCCCGCACCAUCGUUCCAACUUCCACUUCAAAUAUCUGCUCCCUUUCCACCCAAGUUCUCCUCCGCGAACCAAUUGUCGUCAAGCUCAACAACCAGCGUCAAGUUAAAUCCCACGUCAACAAUUCAACAAAUACCGGUUCUAAACACCAACCAAUACAACAAUUCGCAAGAAUCGACACGCUCUGCGAAGACUCUGCAAGCAAUCGGUUCUUCAAAUCCCUUGGUAUUCCACAAAAUUACGGAUAAUCUUCGUCCCGGCGGUUCAACGUGGUACUAUAAGCAGAAUCAGCCGGCAAAUCGGUCACCCAAUCCGUUGGCACCGAAACUAAAUUAUCCUGUUCAGUCACCUCAAAACCCAACACUAAAUCACAUCUUGCCUCAUAAUCCGGCACCUCAACCCAGCCACCUUGAGAAAUUAAAUCCACCACCAUCUUCACUGCCACCAUCUCCACAUUAUGCUCCACCACCACCACCACCGCCACCACAACUGAAUCAUCCAAAUCAGUUUAAAAACCAUCUUCCACCGUCCCAAUCACACUUCCAGCCGAACCAUCAGCAGCAACCAACUCAUAAUCACCACCAUUAUGUCCACUCGCCAUCGCAUGGACCACACGGACCACACGGACCUCACGGGCCACAUGGACCACACGGACCACACAACCAGAAUCCACUAACCCCCUUCGAAGUGCUCAAUUAUCCGGAGUUCCACAUCACACCAAUAACGAUUCCUUCGCCUGAGUAUCCACAAUUUGAAACACUACGCAAUCAGGUUAGUUAUCUGAAGGCAAAGCACAAACACUUCUUCGAGAGCCAACCGGCACCGGUUCUGCACUCAUCACCGCAAGUCCACCCGGACCAACAGGGACCGUGGAACGCGAAUGAAUACCAGAAAGCUGCGCCAAAUCACAAUCUGUUCUCUCCUCAUCAACCAUCGCCAUCGUCAUCUCCACAUAACUGGCACAGUCCAAAUGAGCAGAACAAACUGGUGCCUCCGAAAUGGAAUCCAGCCAAACAGGAGUUCGAACAAUCGCAUUCACCUCCUGCUGACCACAGUAAUUACAUCCAGCAGAAGAACCUGCUAACCGUACAUAAUCCCCAGGAACAAUCCUAUUCGCCAGCUCCCGACUACAAUCAUUUCAACCCACAGACGAACUCCUUAACCGCACACAACCCCCAUGAGCAAACAUACGCGUCCACUCCCGACUACAGCCAAUACAACGCUCAGCAAAAUCUGCUAUCCCUCCACAACGACUUUGCCGGAUAUCCACCGGUGAAGAAGUCGAACAUGAUGAAUGAGCUUGCGUACCUGAGCACCUGGGAAAAAGCGCUGGGGAUCAUUCAGAAGACAGACCACGGGAAUGCCGAGAAGGGACAAACGAUACUGUCCGCCGGGGAUACCGAUGAUUUUAAGAAGAUAGACAUCAUUUCGGCAGGACAUAAACAUUUGAACACGAAAAACCGGCGAUCGGAAAUCAUAGAGCAGCGAAUCCGAAAGAAGCCAUACAGUGCAAAAAUGAGAAACGUCAAGAAAGGGCAAGUUACGCAAAAGCCACCGAAAGGGGACGAGAAGGAGGCGACUUUGAUGGAGACUACUGAAAUGAUAGCGAUCGCAGCUGUAGCGGAAACCACUGCGGCCGAUGAGGCAACAGAAAGCAGAAGCAGACGACGGAGAGAUGUUUCUCAAGUAGAAGUCAUCACCGUUGGUGAGGGCGAUGCGAAUACUGCGGUACCGCUGAGCAGUCAGAACGAUACCAAAAUAGAAGAGGUUUCAAACAGUACUCAUCCGAGCGUUAGCAAUACUACUACAGAGCAAUCAACCGAGCAAAUAUCGAUUGCGACACUUCCACAGGAUUCCGAACUACUACCUCAAGCAGAAGCUCUUGCUUCGAAAGAUUUAACAGAAGAUGAACUACUGUACACUGAGUACGAAGAUGAACCACAUGCCGAAGCUUUAGUUUACGAUGAUUUUGACGACGCUUACUACGAUGACGAGCAGGAUGGACUGUUCGUGGAAGGUCGCUCUGAUUCGUUCAUUUUCGAAGAACACAACGGUACAACCUCGAGACCAUACGCGCAAAGAAUUGACGAUUGGUCCGAUGAACCACAAGCCGACGCAAUCGUAGAUCCACGAAAUCUACACGGAAAAGCGCUGAUAAGGUUCCUGGAUGAGGCGAUUCAAAACUCGUCGAUAUAUCUGCCAAAGGAAGCUGAAGAUCGGAGCUUCGAUAUUGUGGAACCUCCGAAGGAUGUAAUCAAAUUUCCGUACUACGAAAGGACGGAGCAACCGAUUAAUGUCGAUUCUGCGCUGCGAUUUGCAGAAAAUUUAACCACCUUUUCGAACAGUUUGUAUGGUUCGAAAAGCGGCAACCCGUGUCACGAGGUGGACAUUGAGCUCCCGGAAGAACCAGAGGAACAGAGUGCGGAUGGUUUUCAGCCUGUCCGCAGGUUGAGGCGACUAGGGAAUGGUAUUGGUUGUUUGAAAAAUAAGCAUUUUGGGAAGGAACCGUUGGACAAUCCCCUGUUCAAAGAACCGUUUGUAGGAAUUGGACGGUCGGUUUCGAGUGGGUCACCUACACCUCCGCCGCAACCAGAUCCGUCAGUGGCCGUAUUCAGCGACGUAAUUCGGUUGAUCAAGCAACAUUUAACAGAGGAAAACCGUGAGAAGGCUCGCACCGCGGAAGGAAUCGUUUCACCUAGACAGCUGAAUCUGCCAGAACCGAAGACACAUUUUCCGAAUAACGCCGUUCUAGAGCAGCUGCGGUUGGGGAAACGGAAAACGCUACCGCUAAAGCCACCCAAAAAAGUAGAGGAGCCGAAAGUGGAACAUAACGAGUCAGUUAUCAGUGAACAGCACCCGCUGAGGAUUGUCUUCCCCAGGAGGUUGAACUUCUCCAAGGGCUAUGAGGAGGGAAAGAAAGUGGCCCCGGUGAAGGUCAACUACUCGAAGCAUUUGGAUCCCGAUGGUAUCAAAGUCAAGUUGAACCGAACACGGUUGACCGAUCACGACAGUUACAAAGCCACUCUCGCGAGGAAGCUUAACUUCGACAAACUGGAUAAGCAAAAGGUUCCACAAAGUCAGCGGAGAUCAUCGGUGGUUGAGACGUCGUUUUACGAUCCGUUCCCAACUCGUCCUACGCGCUUCAUGAAUCCGGGAAUUUUCGAUAUAUCCACCUACUAUCCGCGGUUCACUGCCAGAGGACAUGACUUGGUGGACAACGAUGAUGAUGAUGAUUCGGACGAGAAGACCCCCGCGGGAAAGUUGAAUUAUGAUAUGCUGCAACGUGAAGCGGAUGAAAUGUUGGACCGCGUGCGAAACGGAAACACCAAGAAGGAAACAGAACCCGGAUCGAACCCCGUUGCUUUACCGCUAACCGGGCGCAAGAAGGAAGAAGGAACUAAACCGUACGGCACCAGCUAUGCACCGUCGUACAGACAGUUCCGGUUGUUGUCAUCUCAAUUGAAGCACAAAGAUGAUGGCCAGAAGAAACCACCCUCUCUGGAUGAGUUGAUAAAUUUCUACACUCUCGAGAAGUCUCAUGAGUUGCACUCUGAGGAAACAAGCACACAACGAAGGGAUAGUUCAAGUGAAAGAAAUUUCUUUAUACCAACUGUUCCAAAUCUUCUCCCGGUUUUCGACGUCUCGACUUACUAUCCACGAUAUAUGUCCCGGGCUAACGACGAGCUGAAGCGAUCCCAAAGCGAAUAUCUUAAACGUCGCGAUAUCCAGCUUGUGCUGGAUGAUCUGGCAGCUCUCCGUGCUCCGAAGGAGUCCCCUAAGGGGGAUCGCAAGAACGAUUACGGCAAUCCGAACAGCAUCACGUCAGCACCAAUUCGAGACGACAUAGCAGAUUUCUUCGUGGAUUCGCUUCCUCAACCUAGCAGUUCAACGCCGCCCAUCUCAACCAAAGAUUCUCAUCACACGUUCAAAAAAUCGGAGCCGUACAAUCCGGAUCUGCCCGUAACCGACAGAGCCACUUUCGGUCUCGAUCAACCCCCUGUCAAACGAAAGUCACCCCGUAAGCGGUUCAAGACGAAUUCCAAGGGCGUCAAGCGGCGUGUAUUAAAGUACCGAAAACCGCGUGUAUCCUACAUCCCACAAUUCCAGUCAUCUGAAUCCUAAAAUUGGUUCGUUCCUUUCCCCCACUCCUUUUAAUCCCUCUAGAGAAUAAUUAUUUAUUGAAUGUCCCGUCCUUCCUGCGGAAGUAGCUAUGAGACGUUCAUAACUAUGUAGUGCGGCGGUUAGUUAAUUAGUUAGUUAGGUUUUAAAAUUGGGAAACCCAUGUGCGAGUGAUUUAAAAUACCUUCCACUGUAUAUAUAGGUUCACAGGCAAUAUUCAAGGUAUAUUGAAUGUAAAAUAGUUUGUAAAUGAAUGAGAA